GCGCCGAUGGUGUCGCAUAGAGGAAACAUUCGCGACUUCUCUCCAUCGCGGCCAUAAUGGAUUUUGUCACUUGAACUUCCGGUCGUCAAAACGUGGAAGAAAAGAGGAGAAAACACAGUGAUUUGACGGGUGAAUUAUUUGCAAGUGAAUUUUGAGCGGAUUUUGGAGUUUUAUCAGUGGAAAUCAGCAACAAGGAGAGUGUGCAGACAUGCCUCGAUGUCCCCGCAGUCGUGGAGAUGGUGGAAACGAGACACCGGCUCUGGGAGUAGACACGGUGCAAUUCUCCUCAGUGAUUGGGCCAUGCGAGAUUCCAGCAAUCAUCCAGAAGUUCGAUCCCGAUCAGAGUGACUGCAUUGCCACGGACAGCUGGUUAUACGAGGUGGAGGCAGCCAAGCUCAUGUAUGGCUGGGAUGAGAAGCGCAGUGUGCUGUACGCGUCCAUGCAACUCCGAGGACCUGCCCGGACGUGGUACGAUGCCGAGAAAACACGUCUUUCUUCGUGGAGCGUGUUUAAAAAGGAGAUAAAGGACAUGUUCCCGACCAAAGUGGAUGCCACAGAGAUCCACUACAAGUUGAACCGUCGCAAGAGAGCGCGCAAUGAGACGAUUAUCGCAUAUUUCCAUUCCAUGCUGGCACUUGCGCGCAAGAUUAAGUUGGAUGAUGACAGCCUCAUACGAUACAUCAUCAAGGGGUUGGAAUCUGAGGCCAGACGUGUGGUCUUAUCAACGCAGAAGUUCGCAACUCCUCAAGAGCUACUGCAUGCCUUGAUUGAGACGGAACCGACAGAUUAUUCCAUGGACAGUGGAAAACAUGGACGUGAUCGUUCGCCGAGAUCUCCCGGAAGCAAUCAGGUGAAGAAGGAAGGCAAGAGGAUUCGGGCUUGCUAUGGAUGCAAGUCAAAGGAACAUCUGAUUGCUGAUUGUCCCGAAUAUAAGUGAGCAGUUGAAGGUGUACACAGUCGAAAUAAAAGUGACUGCCAGAGAUUGAUUGUGGUGAUAGUGACUUCCUGGUGUGGAAUAAUGGCAUUUAUUUUAGCAAUUCUUCCUGGUGUGGAACAGCGGCAUUCUUAGAAUCUUCCUGGUGUGGAACAGUGACAUUUUCUCCCAACUUUUCCUGGUGUGGAACAGCGAUAUUCUCUCAUGACUCUUCCUGGUGUGGAAUAGCGGCACCCUCUGGAAUCCCUCCUGGUGUGGAAUAAUAUUGAUGUCAAAAUGAAUUUUCCCUAGGAAUCGCUAGUGGUCUCUUUCGUGGAUUGACCAGACUCUUUAGUGGACAUAGCGAUGCUG